CUUUGACGUUCAUUGACAAAAAUAAGGUUUUGAGGUUAGUUUAAAUAUCUUCCAAUUUACACAACAAUAAUGAAAUUCAAACAUAAGAAAUCACCAAAAGCGAUCUUAUCCGACAAAAUCGCAGAUGCUUUAACAGUGAGACCCCGGGCGGAUAUUGAAGAUGACCACAUAUUCAACACCAAACCCAACACAGUUUCACGUGCCGAUUACUCUUCUGAGAGCGAAGAUGAGGCUGCUAUCAGUGAUUUUAGGAAGCGUACUGCUAAUUUGCUAAGUGAUAUCAGUAAAAAAUAUGAAGGGGAAGUUGUAUCUCGGGGAGAACUCGAAGGCAGUUUGAACAGUUCAGAUUUGAGCGAUGACGAGGACAACACAGUAGAUACAGGGAAGGUUCUUGAAGAAUUGGAUAAUGACACUGCUUCAAGUGAUGAAGGAAAUGUAAUAGAUAAACCACAAAACAAAAAUAAAUAUGAAAUACCAAAUAAUGAUGAAGACAGUGAAGAUGAUGAUGAUAGUGUGGAAAGUGAAGAUUACAGUAUAUUGAAAAAAGAACCCAAAAAGGUUUCACCAAAGCUAUCAGGCAAACAUGAAGGUACUAGUGAUGAUGAGGGUAGUGAAGAAUCUGAUGACUACAGUAUAGUUAAGAAGCAGAUACAAGGUGACUCUGAUGAAGACAACUCUGAGUUAAGUGGUGAAGAAGAGGAAGAAGAAGAUGGAAAUGGGGAAGGUUAUGAUAUCAGUCAAAUGAGUGAACCAAUGAUAGAAGAGUUUGAGCAUGUUAAAAAACAAAAUGUUUCUGAAGAGGCAAAGAAAGGAGCUUGUGUUAGAAAUCAAUUGUUAAUAUGGGAAAGCUUAUUGGAAAUGAGGAUACAUUUGCAAAGGUGUAUGAACACAGCAAAUAUGAUGCCCAUGUCUGAUAAAUUUGAGGAAUUGAAGAUGAGUAAGGAGUUUGAAGAAGAGAGUAAUGUGACUAUGAAUGGUGUUGCUUCUGUACUAGAUAAAUUUUUAACACUGCAAAAUUUACUACUGAAAAACUUUCCCGAAACAAAAAGUUUAUCAAAUAAAAAGCAAACAGACACAAACACAAAAACAAAUGCAAAACAAGAGAGUGAUGAAGAAAUUGCUAGUGACACAGACAAUGAAGAAAUCCCAUCAGACACAGAACCCGAAGAUGAGGUAGAAGAAGAAAAGAGUAAAACAGAAAAGACAAAAAGUGUCAAAACAGUCCAAAAGAAACGUAAACUCGAAGAUUACGAAAGUGACUUAACCACAUCGCAUAAAACUUUAAAAUCCUUUAGAGACACGACAAUCCAGAAAUGGAAUGAAAAGACGCGUCUAGCAACAGCUGCUAAUAUAAAAAACGCACCAACCAAUACUAUACUUCAACAAAUAUCUUACAUUUUAUCAGAUAGAAAUAAACUCAUACACCGCACGCAAUUAAAACGAUCAGAUUACGAUAUUAUAGGUUAUAAAAAGGCAGAAGAACACGCAGAAACUGAGAAUGGUUUGACGAAAGAUAGAAAAGCUAACGAUGAAUACAUACCAGAGAUAUUUGACGAUAGUGAUUUCUAUCACCAGUUGUUAAGAGAAUUAAUUGAAUGCAAAUCUGCAGAUAUAUCAGACCCUGUCCAAUUAAGUCGACAGUGGAUAGCGUUGCAACAAAUGAGAAGUAAAAUGAAAAGGAAAGUGGAUACGCGAGCAACAAAAGGACGUAAAAUUAAAUAUGUCGUUCACAACAAACUUGUCAGUUAUAUGGCUCCAGAGAAAUCGUUGAAAUGGAAUGAUGAAAGUACUAAUGAAUUGUACAGUUCGCUUUUUGGUAAAAUGUUCGAAAAUAAUAAUGUGGGCGUAAAUGUUGACCUUGAUAAUGUUAAAAUUAAAUAAUAAAACAUUUUUAUUUUA